UUGACCUGGUGGCAUUACAUCAUCGUGUUACGGCUCAGUCGAAAGGCCGUCUAUCAUAAAGUCUGCUGUUGAAAGGAAGACCAUGGCGGACUCUAGCAAUGCUGGGGGAGAUGUCUCAGUGAGAGAUGUUGGUAGAGCUAGGGACGGAGAAGCCAGUGAAGGGGCUAUUAGAGGAGGAGUUGGUGGACAACCGAAAGCUGCAAGAGAGAAAAGAGAAGAAGGAGCUCAUGUGUCGUACGUGGGUCAGGACGUGGAGGCUAUCCCUCCAGAGGUGGUGGAGAGGUACAAGAGCACAGCCAGGAGACUGGACCUGUCGUACAACAAACUCAAGUCUGUGGUGGGGAUUGAGCAGUUCAGCUGUCUGGAGGAGCUGGUCCUGGACAACAAUGAGCUGACAGACUCCUCCCUUGCCCUCCCCCUCCUCCCUCGACUUCACACCCUCACUCUCAACAAGAACCAGAUCAGAGAUAUCGACAGAUUACUUGCCACACUGACCAAAGCCUGUCCCAACCUCAAAUACCUCAGUCUCCUUGGCAACCAGGCAUGUCCUAACGAGCUUCUGGGGUCAGGACAUGACGAUGAAGACUAUCAGAGAUACAGAUACUUUGUUAUCCACAAGUUGCCUGGUCUGACAUUCCUGGACUCCAGAGCUGUCAGCGGAGGUGAGAGGAAGGAGGCCAAGAGGGUCGGUGCUUUCAUGAGAGUUGUACGCCCACCAGAUGAGACUUUUUCAGAGGCCAGUAAAGUGUCUAAAGAGACUUCUUCAGGGCAGGAAUAUACACCACUGCCUGCCAGCACUGAUACCAGUGGAAACCACAGAGGUGUGUUUGGACAGUGCAAGUAUGUCUACUAUGGCAAACACUCAGAGGGCAACAGGUUUAUUCGGAACAACCAGUUGUGACUCCACACACCUUACACUAUCAUUAUUCUAUGCACGAUGUAUAGAACUUACACCGAAGUAUAAUACAACCUUGCAUUCUUAUGUUGCGUGGUAAUGUGAGUUGAAAAAAUGGAGUGUUUUACCCAUGAGCUGUGUUGAAACCGUUGGCGUGUGAAAUUUACGUUAUGUCUUCAACUGUGUAUAAUUAUCACAGUACAUAGCAUGACUCAGUAAAGUUCCAGUUACACUUCAAAGACAUGGGAAAACAUUCAUUGGUAAAGGAAUCUCCUGGGGAACUCUGUUCACAAACGUUUGGG